AACGAUUCUGAACAUUUUUCUCUUUCAGAUUAAGGACAGUUUUUACCUGUUUGCCGAGUCCCUCGUUCACCUGCAGACUGACUGACUGAGCCUCCGUCGACCCUCCGACACUGUCUCCGCCCACAGCAGCACCAUGAUAUCCCUGCAGAGUGUAUGAUGUCUGAGAGCAGCUGCUAUGGCCUGCAGCAGCAGCAGCAGUAAUGCAGAAACUCUGGAGGGCUUCCAUGAGGUGAACUUGGCCUCGCCCACCACACCUGACCUCCAGAACCAGGCGGAGCAGCGCACCCCCGCCCGUCACAGCACCCCGCCCACCUCUCUGUACCGCACACACUCUCUGGGAGCGCCACCUGCAGGCCGCCCCACCUCCCUGCGGGCCGACCAGCUCCCCACACAGCCGGUGUACUCCACGCCGCGGCACAGCCACAAUGGAAG